AUGUGUAAUGACGGCGGGGCGGGUCGUCGUCGUUUACUUGAAGUUGCGAUAUGGGUGGGGUACGGAGUACGUUUGGACGACAUUGACUCCCUCAGCAGCGACCCCAAGUUCCUCGAGCUCGUCGACACCCUCACCCGCGACAAGGUGGACGAGUUUCUGCCGGUACGGUGCCCUGAUGCUACUAUUAUGAAGCGUAUGGAGGACAUGAUUGCCGAGCUCCGCGACCAGCACGACUCCAUCGGCGGCACAGUCACCUGUAUUAUCCGCGGGUGCCCGUCCGGCCUCGGCGAGCCGUGCUUUGACAAGCUCGAGGCUCUCCUCGCGCACGCCAUCAUGUCGAUUCCUGCGACCAAGGGCUUUGGGAUUGGCUCCGGCUUCCAUGGCGCCGAGAUGCGCGGAUCCGUCCACAAUGACCCCUUCGUGUCCAACCCGGCCGCCGCCAACGCUACGAGCGCUGGCGUUGGCAUCCCUGCCUCCCGCCUACACACUAAGACGAACCACUCGGGUGGUAUCUAG